AUGGACUUUCUCAAAAAUGCCGUGGCUUCUGCCAUGGCCUCAGGGCCGCCCUUUCCCUACACCUUUGGCGACAAGAUCGACAUUGACGAGUCGGUUUUUACCCUAUACAACGGAACCAAAAGGGAGGAUGGCUCCAACUGCAGCAUCUUCUCCUUCGACAUCGCCACGUCCCGCGGCCGACUGCCCCUCGCCCGAAAUGCGCUCAAGAAACUCCGGACGAUGCGACAUCCCGGUGUCGUCAAAGUGCUGGAUGCCGUAGAAACUGAAGCAUAUAUUUACAUUGCGACGGAACGCGUCGUGCCCUUGCGGUGGCAUGUCCGACGUAAGAGUCUCGCCCCCGAAACCAUCAAAUGGGGCUUGUAUACCAUAGCGAGGACGGUCAAGUUUAUCAAUACCGAUGCAUCUUCGAUACACGGCAAUCUCAAAGUGGGAUCCGUUUACACCUCAGAAAGCGGCGAGUGGAAGCUCGGCGGAUUCGAGCUCCUGAGCAGUGUAAAGGAUGAUGAAUCAGCCCUUUACACGUAUGGAAGUUUGGUCCCAGACUGGGCGCGAUACGCACCCCCGGAGAUUGCGCAAGGAGGAUGGGACGUCAUCAAAAGACAUCCUCACUCGGCCGUGGAUUCGUUCGCCUUUGGCGCCUUGAUAUACGAAGCCCUCAAUGGAGACUAUAGCGGAAGCAGUCAAGCUGGUCAGACGAAAAACAUCCCUCCACCCAUGCAGUCCAGCUAUAAGCGACUAUGCAACGCGAAUCCAAAAGCCCGCAUCAGUAUUUCUACAUUCCUGGACCAAGGCAGCCGAUCCGGCUCUUUUUUCGACAGCCCCUUGAUCAAGCUGACUGAAGGAAUCGACAACUUGGGAGUCAAGAGCGCUGAUGAGAGGGAUGAAUUUUUAAGCAACCUCGAUCAGCUGACGGAUGACUUCCCCGAGGAAUUCUUCAAAAUGAAAAUUCUUCCAGAGCUCAUCAACUCGGUGGAAUUUGGCGGGGGCGGCCCCAAGGCCCUCGCAGUUAUCCUCAAGAUCGCCGCCAAGCUUUCCAACGACGAUUUCGAGACACGAAUCAUCCCCUUCAUAGUCAAGAUGUUUGGAAACCCGGAUAGAGCCAUACGAGUCUAUUUGUUGGACAGCCUGCCAUUAAUGAUUGAUCGACUCCCCCAAAAGAUUGUCAAUGACAAACUCUUCCCGCAUAUUGUUACGGGCUUCACAGAUAUGCAGCCAGUCGUGAGAGAGCAGACCUUGAAAUCCGUCCUUCUCCUCAUCACCAAACUUUCGGACCGUACCAUCAACGGCGAGCUGCUCAAGCAUCUCGCCAAAACAGCGAAUGACGAGCAACCCGGCAUUCGAACCAAUACGACCGUCUGCCUCGGCAAGAUUGCCAAGCACUUGGGAACCUCUUCACGGUCCAAGGUUCUCAUCGCCGCAUUUACUAGGUCUUUGCGGGACCCUUUUGUCCACGCACGAAACGCUGCUCUCAUGGCCUUGACGGCAACAGGCGAGUUCUUUACUGAAGACGAUUGCGCGACCCGUAUCCUUCCAGCAGUAUGCCCGUUGCUUAUCGACAAGGAGAAGAUGGUUCGAGAUCAAGCCAACCGUACCGUCGAUUCCUACCUCCAGAAAGUUCGCAAGGCAGCAUCGGCGAUGCCCGACUCUGCCCUGCUUCCCCAACAAGCUGCGGACAGCCAGCCGGCCAGAAUGGGGACGCCGCAGCAGAGCGGGACGGCUGGCUGGACUGGCUGGGCGAUAUCGUCCUUUACCAACAAGCUGUCGUCAGCAGCUGGCAACAUGCAAACCGCCAACGGUUCUGGAGCCCUUUCGCCAAAACCAGCCGCCUCACCUGGCCCAGAAGCCAAAAGGUUGCCGAGUGCGUCUGCUUCAAGCCUGCACCGUCAAGCCAUCAGCUCACCCCCUCAUCCUUCUCCCCAUCCUGCCCGGGCUUCAGGCGCGUCGUCCCCCAACACAAGCGCGGUGGCAGAAGCCUUCCUACCACAUGACGGGUUCGAUGACGCCGUUGAUGCCUGGGGCGAGAUGAGCGAAGAUGACGAGGGCACCCAUCAAACAGCGGCGACAAGCACCAACAACGCGUCGGCAAAGGCCGUCCCUGUCCCGUUCGAGGAUGGCGGCGAGCCAGACUUUGCAGGAUGGUUGGAGGCUCAAGCACAGAAGAAGAAGCACGGCCCGAGUAAACCUCUGCCAAAGGGACUCGCAAAGCCCUCGACCGCCAAGAAGCCUGCUACCGGGGCUGCGGCCAAACCCGCCGCAAAGUCCGCGGCGCCUGCACCCAAGAAAAAAAUCGACAUGAAGCCAAAGGAGGUGGAUGACGACGACGCAUGGGGCGACGGAUGGUAG